AUGAAACCCCGUUCUGGCCGGGAGCGCAUGCAAAUAGUUUACGUGAACAGCUUCGGCACCCACCGCUGCGGCUCCGUGAUCCAAUAUGGCGGCGGCCACAGGCGCCGUGAGGAGAAGGCCGCCACUUCCGGUGUCGUUGACAGAGAUAUGUCCUCUACUUCCGCUUUGAGCCGGAGACGGGGGGUGCUGAGGGGCGAGGCGGGUGCGGUUCCCAGGGAAGGUCGCGGAAGCCCCUGGUUCCCAAUCCCGCCUGGCACCGGUCCGGGGAGAGCUGCGUCGUGUGUUGCCGCCCAGGGACCAAGCCAGGGUGGCCAGGCAGGGGGAGCCCCCAGUCUCCGGGAGAGCGGGCUGGGGCUGCGGUGCACACAGAGCAGAGCCGGCGGCUGCGCGCAGGCACCCGGCAGCCCUGCCCUCGCGCCCCGCGCCAGCCAGCGAUACGGUGGGCUUCAAAUGAAUCAGGCUGAUAAGUUUGGAUUCCCUUUCACUUCUAAAGUUGUUAAUAAAGUAAUAAAACGGAAAAAGGAAAAGUCUGAAGUCUUUCGUGGAGUGUUGAAAGUAAUUUCAAAAAUGCUUGAAGAAAAUGAAAAAUUUAGAGGCAGACUGUUGACUUGCCGUCAGUUUAAUACUGAAGGCAAUAAUGUGAACCAAAGCUCACAGAAUGAGGCUUCCUGCAUGGACGGAGAUGAGUCCAUCUUUGGAUGGGUGUAGCAAAGAAGUAAAUGAAGAUUCAGUUUCAAGUGUUGCAUUGAAUUAGUGUUCAUUUUAGAUCUGAUCUAACAUCCAUCUGACAUUAAUGAAAAGACUGACAAUGAUUUCAGUGAGUGUUGGAUCAGAGUAUAUAGUUUGUCUAGUAUUUUAGCUUGGAGAGCUACAUUUUAAUAUGGGUUCAGUUAAACUUUUCAGUUACAGAGUAUUGUUUUGUUGAAAUCCUUAUUAAGCAUAAUAUAUCACUUAGUCAUUGUUCAUUUUUGCAGGCUUUUUAAUGAACAUUAUAGUGUGAUGGUUUGCAUUCAAAAGAAUAGUAAUAUUUUAUGUUAAUUAUAUUAUGAAUAUAUAUAUUGCAUAAUCAGCAGCUUGUCAGAAUUAUUAACAAACGUGUUUAGUAAAAUAAAAUUUCAUACAUGA